UGGAUGAGGGCCGUCCCCGAGGCCGUCGCUUCGGAUCCUCUGCCUCCUGCGGCCGCUGCCUCCGCUGCUGCCUCCUCCUUCACACCUCCUCCGUCAGGCGGCGUCUGCGGGGGCCCGAGGGGCGGCGGCGGCGGCGGCGGCGGCGGCGUUAUGGAGCCGGGGGCCGGCGGCCGAGGCGCUGUCCGCGGGCACGGGGCCGGUCCUCCUGGCACUCCACCACCCCAGGAGCAGGAGAGGAAGCUGGAGCAGGAGAAGCUCUCCGGAGUGGUGAAGAGCGUCCACCGGAGGCUCCGCAAGAAGUACCGGGAAGUGGGAGAUUUUGAUAAGAUCUGGCGAGAACAUUGUGAGGACGAGGAAACACUUUGUGAAUAUGCUGUUGCAAUGAAAAAUUUGGCAGAUAAUCAUUGGGCCAAAACUUGUGAAGGCGAAGGUCGUAUUGAAUGGUGUUGUAGUGUAUGCAGAGAAUAUUUCCAAAAUGGUGGGAAGAGAAAAGCACUUGAAAAAGAUGAAAAAAGAGCUGUACUCACUUCUAAGACCACUCCAGCCUUAAGUACACAUGAGUCUUCUAAACUUGACGGUCAUUUAACGAACCUCAGCUUUACAAACCCUGAAUUUAUAAAUGAGUUGCUACAGACCUCAGGAAAGAUCAGAUUACUUGAUGUUGGCAGCUGCUUUAACCCAUUUCUGAAGUUUGAAGAAUUUCUAACUGUUGGCAUAGACAUUGUACCUGCUGUAGAGAGUGUAUAUAAAUGUGACUUCCUGAACUUGCAGCUUCAGCAACCACUCCAGCUUGCACAGGAUGCUAUAGAUGCCUUUUUGAAGCAGCUGAAAAACCCUAUUGAUUCUCUUCCUGGAGAACUUUUCCAUGUGGUUGUUUUCUCUCUCCUUCUUUCUUAUUUUCCAUCACCUUACCAGCGAUGGAUUUGCUGCAAGAAAGCCCAUGAACUGUUAGUGUUAAAUGGUUUAUUGCUUAUCAUCACACCUGAUUCCUCCCAUCAGAACCGUCAUGCUAUGAUGAUGAAAAGCUGGAAGAUUGCUAUAGAGUCCCUGGGCUUUAAACGUUUCAAGUAUUCAAAAUUUUCACAUAUGCAUCUGAUGGCAUUUAGAAAAAUCUCCCUAAAAACCACAAGUGACUUGGUUAGUAGGAACUACCCAGGGAUGUUAUAUAUCCCUCAAGAUUUCAACAGUAUAGAAGAUGAGGAAUAUUCUAACCCUUCCUGCUAUGUUCGAUCAGAUACAGAAGAUGAACAACUAGCAUAUGGUUUCACAGAGCUCCCUGAUGCUCCAUAUGACUCAGAUUCUGGAGAAAGUCAAGCCAGCUCUAUUCCUUUUUAUGAGCUAGAAGAUCCCAUAUUACUUUUAAGUUAAUAUGAAAGCAAAAGGCUCUUUCAGUCCAGAUUCCUAAACUAAUUGCUUACACUAAUCAGAAAUACUAACAUGAACUCAGUACUUAAAACCUGGUUUGCAUAGAAGAAAUGCAAAGGUUUACAGAGUUUGUUAUUUUUUUCUACUUCUGGAUUUUAAAAUUUAUUCUUAUAUAGAAAGCUUAAAGUUUCAUGCAGAGUGACUCCUGUCAUAGAAACCUCUGUUCCUUUAGUAUUUAGCACUAAGAUAUCAUAGAAAGGUACCUUUUUCAGUGCUCUUGUGAAACAUAAAGCAUAAUUUGAUAUGUAUUUCCCUUUUUUUCAACUUUUCAGUGUUUAACCCAUUGAAAUGAGAAAGAUAUGUAGGAAGCCGUAGAUUGCACUUUUGAUGACUCAUAAAUUAAAUGAGACACAGAUAGAUUGGUUUAGUUGUUUUGUGGUGCACUUAGUUUAAUUCUUUUUUCUAACUACAUUACCUGUUAACAGAAAGCCAUUUUCUGUUGUGUUGUCUGAUGAUCCAUUUCCUGAACUUUUUUGGAAUUGAUAAUUCUUUUUCACUCAUUUGACAGCAUCAGACAUUGGGGGAGAGGUUCCCUCAAAGUAUGUAUUCCAGUUUCAUUAGUACAGUAAACACCAUUGCCAAAAUAGAAUUUUCAUAUCUUGUUGAUUUGGGCCUUGGUGUUAAGUAUAUUUAACUGUGAGAGUUCAUUUUUAUCUUUUUAAAUUUAGGGGUCAUUUACAAAAUUUUCUAUUUAAGCAAGGAACAAUAUAAUAAUACUGACCUUAAAGACCUUUAGGAAAGGGUUUGCACUUGUGAGAGAGUUUAUGUUCUGUCUAGGCCAACCUUGAUCAGGUUCUCACCUUUUUGUUAAGGAGGUGCUGCACUGCAAGUCUGGAAUUACAUAGAAAAAUUUUAAAUUACCUCUGCUGGUAAUCUCAUAAAAUGGUUUUGACCUUUCAGUAUUCUAAUUUCUAAAUACUAGCAGAAAUUUUUCUUUGAAUAUAUAAACCAUUAGUUAACUGUGGGAAUUUUCCCUUUCCACAUUGAUAAAUGCCUUCCUGUGUUUCUGAAUCAGAAGCAAAUGAUUAGGGAGAAAAAUAAGUCCAAACAAGACAAGGUUAGUUUAAAUAGCUAAGAACAUUUAGUCCACGUUGUCUUGUCAGCCAGCAAUUGUCAUGUAAACUAUCAUUUUUAAGAGUGCCACUGUGUGGAUUUUUUUUUCAAGUGGUUAUUACAUUAAAAUUACCUCAUACUGAGGUUUUUGCACUGAAAUAUCACAGUUUCAGAUUUCAUGGUUAAUGUUGUAUGUAUGUAUGUUUUUAAAAAAAACUUUUUUCAGUAGUUGAUCCUAAAUUUCAUAAACUGCACUUCUUUACUCCGGUAAAACUGAUGUUUUUGUGCUUAUUGUGAAUUGCUGUAGUUAACUUUGAAUGUCAAACUUUAUUUAGAAAUACAAAAUUUACCCUUUAAGAUGUAAGUGGUUGGGUAUGUGUACCCUAUAGUUCAAAUUUAAUUUCACAUGUAAGUAAUAAGAUUGUAAUUAAUCUAAAAAAGUCAAUUGACUAAAUGCAAUUAAUAUUAGUUGCUCAAAUAUGCCAGGAGUAACAUAAAAUUUUUCAUUUACUUUCAACAGCAUAAGCCUCCUUAAUAAUUAGGAUUGACUUUUUUUCCAGCUAAGCACUACAGGUCACAUCUUGUAGCGCUCCCAAAAGAAGAAGAAAACAGGAUAACACAAAACUUUGUUUUGAUAGUGCCUCUUUUACCACGUCAUACUGCCCAUCUUCUUUGAUUUGACAAAAUACUCUCUUAAGGGCAAAGAAACAAUAUACCUAAUGAAAGUGCUUUGAAAGUAAAUGAAAACAGUGGUUUUGAGAGGUUUGUGUAAGUAUGACAUUGGAGUCAGGCUUUGUGUUACAGCUAAAAUGUUGGUGCUAUAAAUUCUGAUUGUUUACAGAUGUUAAUUCUGCUUAUGCUCCAAAGUAUGCACGAUGUAUUUUAAGUAGUACUUUAAAGAAGUCUCUUUAUAAAACCUAAUCCCACUUAGUAGAAAUUUGUUUGGAUUUAUAAAUAUCAUUUGUUUCUGUAAAUUCAGCUUAUUCAAAUUAGGUUGGCACAGGAUUUAAACUCAUACAUAUUCCACCAAAGCCAAUUCGAUGUAUAAGUGUUAAAAUAUCAGCAGUCGUGUGGCUUGGUGCCAGAUGAUAGAUGUAAUGACGAGAAGUUAAUAGAGCCUAAUUCUGUAUGGGUACUCUUGAGAAUGAUUUCAUUUGGUUGUAAAGAAGGGGCCUCCUGUCAUAUUAACAACAGGACUCUCCAAAAUAAUUUGGUAUUUCAAAAACAAUUGAUCGUUUGGUUAGAUUCUUCAGGAUCAUGACUAGAUCAAAAGUGGUUGAUAUCAUAGUUGCCAAGUAGUGGGAGGUGGCAUACCUGAAAAUGUUUGUGUUUGUUGUAUUUUUUCACAUUUUGUGAACAAAGCACAUUUAUUAAAAAUUUUAAAUUUUCUAAUA